CAAAACUAUUGAGUUUUCUAUGCUAUUGAAUUUAUUUUUAUUAAGGUUAGAUUAGAAUAAUAGUUAAAAUUUUGCAAAUCUUAUAUAGAUUCUUUAACAGUCAUAUCGAAUUAAGAAAAUAAAAAAAAUAAUGGAAGCCACAACCCUAGAUCUAAAUAGCCCGAUUUGUAGAGCUUGCUUGAAAUUAGAUGCUAAAAACAGUAUUUUCUCAAUACAUAAUCCUACAGCUUUAUCUUAUUCCUAUAUGUUUACUUCUUGUAUUUCAAUCCAGGUGAAUUCAGAUGAUAGUUUGCCUAAACAAAUGUGUCGGAAAUGUUUAAACACGAUAAUAAACUUUUACAUAUUUAAGACAAAGGUUGUGCAAAAUGAUUUGUUAUUGAGACAGAUCCUUAAAACUGAAAAAUUAAAUGAAAACUCGAUAUUAGAAGAUAAGAAUGUAUCCAGUCAAUCUUUGAAUGUGAAUUUUCAAUCUAUCGAACACCCAAAUCCAAAACCUGUUAGUAGAUUGGAAUUUAUCAAGUCUCAAACUGUGGAAAAUCAAGAUUAUGUAGACAGUGAAGGAAGCGAAGAUGAUCAGAAUUUAGAUGAAUUCAAAGAACAAGUAUAUGUUAACAAAGAGAAAAUUCAUCAGUGUGAUGUUUGUGGCAAAAUUAUAAGCACAAAGAGCAAUCUUAACCAGCAUUAUCGGAAACAUACUGGAGAGAGGCCGUAUGGCUGUGACGCUUGUGGAAAAAAGUUUUUAAAAGCUGAACAUCUAACAGUUCACAAGAGAACUCAUACAGGAGAAAGACCACAUCGUUGCAUGGUUUGUCCCAAGUCGUUCAAACAAAAUGGGGGACUAAAGGCCCAUAUGCGUGUUCACAAUGGCGAAUGCCCCUUCAUUUGUUACAUUUGCGGCAAAUCAUUCAAUCAUUCAAGCAGUUUGCGAUACCAUAAACAAAUACACUCUAGUGAGACGCCUUACACAUGCGAAACCUGUCAGAAAUCGUUUAAAACUGCCAGGUAUCUUAAAAUUCACAAGAGAUUUCACGAUGAUAAAAGACCUUUUUCUUGUAAAAUCUGCGACAAAAAGUUUUUUACUAGUUCCCACUUAAAUGUCCAUAUGAAACGGCAUAACAACAUUACAUCGCAUAAGUGCAUCAUUUGUGGUAAAGGUUUUGUAAGGCCGCAGCAUUUGAAAAUGCAUUUGGCCACACACACCGGCGAAAAAGCCCACACCUGCGAAUUGUGCCCCAAAAAGUUUACGCAGGCCAGUCAUCUCAACCGACACAUGAAAAUUCACAAAAGAGCAUUGUGAAAAAUGUAGUACAAAAUAAAUAAUUACACUGUGUAAAAAGUGUUUUAAUUCUAUAAUAAAACAUACAAACUU